UGUAAGGAUGGGCCUAUGAUUCUGUGGCUAAUGCCUUAUGAAACUCUUAAUCAUCUCUUUAAAGUAUGCUUUAUGAAGGUUUUUGGUUAGGGAGAUAUUUCUUGUUACAGAUUUAGAGAAUAUUUUUCAGUUGCAGUACUGCAGAAAGAGGAGGAUUUUAGUUUCUAUAAUAACUAUUCUCUACUGACAGCUAAACAAUGAAAGGCCUCAAAAGGUUUGACACUUGAUUAGAUCUACACUGUAAAGUGCAGCAGGCAAAAAAAAUGGUAAUUAAGGGCCUGAUCAAGUAAAUCACUCAGGUAUGUUUUUAAGCACAUGAGCAAUCUAAUUAAUUAAAAAAGAGCACAGAUAUUCGUGUUUGUAACAAAUCCACAUUUGGAUCAAUAGUCCUGUCAAUUGCAAACAUGAGCCUUUCUGUCAAAUAAAAAUGUGCUGUAUUGCAACAAAACAAUCCAUUAUACCACACACUAACUUCAUUAUCUUAAAGAAUGUAAAUUGUAACUCUAAUUACCUCCUAAUAUAUUAUUUUGGUAUUGUUACUUGUUAGCAUUGUGAGUUUAACAAUAUGUAAAUUUUACGUUUUCCUUCCCAAAAGAUAUCUUUGGCCAAUAUACAGAUCAUACCUUAUGAGCUGAGAUUGCUUACUUCUGUAGCCUGCAUAUAACUCACCUGCAAAAACUGCUUUUUUCCUAAAGCCACCACAAAAAUAAUCAGCAUUCCUUUUCCGGAAAGCUUUUGAGAGGAAAUGCAAGUUCUUUUAUUCAGUUUCUUACUAAAUCUUGUCCAGGGUAAGGACAGUUAACAUUUUGUCCCUGUUUGAGUAAAGUACUAUAGAGUUACUGGGAGAAUCCCACUACUAGCUCUCCUCCAGUUGGGAAGGGACUGUUAAGCCCUACUCUUCAACCAGCUUUUAGUCUGCCUAAGAACCUGUCAUUCACUUUUGCAGGAAAUUGUGCUCUGAAUGAAUUUUGGUGUGAGACUGUUUCAAAUGCUGUGCUGAUUCUGUUUUAUCUGUGUACUUACUGACACCUGCGUUCACCUCUGGCAGGUUAGCGAUGCAGGAUUUCCUGCGGCCUGAGACAGGCUGAGUUUUAUGAAGAAAUGUAGAAUAUUUAGACUGAGGACCAGCUUUCUCAAAUAAGUACUGUCUUACCAAGGAUCUGUGUACCUAUUGUGUUUGAAAGAUUUAAUUUGAAAAGUAUAUUGUUAUAGACCAGUUCUAGAAUUAAGCUUGCAGAAGCAUGGUGUGCUUUCUCUUAACAAAAAUAAGACCAGAAAAAAUCAGUUUAAGUAUCUAGCAGAGCAGUUUCUACAGUAAAUGGACUGUAUUUCAGACAGAAGUGACCGAUACUGGUUUGAAAGCUUACUGCAAAUGAAAGUUGUGUAAAUGGGUUAGAACCAGGAAACUGGUAAGGCAAAGAGAAAAGAGUGAGACUGUGUAGCUGCAGUAUUUCUGGAGCAUGAUAGGGUUUGGUGUUUUUUUUUUUCUUCUUGAUUUAACAAAUUGAAAAUCUGCUGAAUAAUUCAUGAAGAGUGGAAGGGCUGAAUCUUCCUGGAAUGAUAUACAGUGUACGUACUGUGGCACAGGAGAAACUGCAAAGCUUUGUAUCAGUUGCUGCCGUUUCUGCUGCUGAUUGCAAGGUGCUGCUGCUUUUGGCAUUUUCACAGCUACAGAAUCCUCAGUUGUGCUCUGGUCUGCGAACAGCCAUCUGCUCCCUAUGGACCCACCUUCGCUAGCUACAAUCUGUGGGAUCUCUUGCUGUCUACCUGCCUUGGACACUGCUGUUCUCUGGAUCGUUACUGCAAACUGUGUUUUCUUGCAGCUUCUUGUAUGACUGAAACCUGCCUUAGUCCCUCAGCUGCACAUCCUCCCUUGUGCUUGGUGGGGGACUCCUGCAGCAGGAUCUUCUGACCCAGACAAGGAUGGGAUUUACAGGGAGAAGUCAAAACUGAGCUGCAUUCAGCGAGAUGCCCAACGCCUCUUCCUGGAGUGCUAGCUCGCCUUUGCUGCUGCUCUGGGAGGACUCCUCCGGGACCCGCAUCUUCCUGUCGCUGCUCUAUGCAGUCUUAGCUAUCUCAGGGACUUUAUCCAAUGUGAUGGUCAUCUAUUUAGUCUUCUCCUUCAAGAAGCUGCAGACUACCAGCAAUGCCUUCAUUGUGAACGGCUGCGCGGCGGACCUAAGCGUGUGCGCCCUGUGGAUGCCCCAGGAGGCUGUGCUGGGGCUGCUGCCUCUCAACUCCUCCUCCCUUCGCUCGGCGGAGUACCGGCUGCUCCGAGGGGGGCUCCUCGGCCUCGGCCUCACCGUCUCCCUGGCCUCUCACCUGCUAGUGGCCUUCAACAGGUACGUGCUCAUCACCAAGCUGCCCAGCGUGUACCAGGCCCUCUACCAGCGGAGGCACACGGGCUGCAUGAUCGGGCUCUCCUGGGCCCUCGCCCUGCUCCUGGUUCCGCUGCUGCCCGGGCUCUGGAGCCCGGGCUCUGCCCAGCAGCCGCCCCCGCGGCAGACGGACGGCAGCCCUCGCUACACCGCCCUGCUCCUCGCCCUGGCCGUGCUGGGCCAGACCGCGCUGCUGCUCCACUGCUACCUCGGCAUCGUGCGGCGGGUGCGGGGCAGCGCCAAGCGGGUCAGCGUCCUCAACUUCCACCUCCUCCACCAGCUGCCCUUCCCCGCCGCCCCGCCGCCGCCCCGCCGCGCCCAGCGCCGCCUCAGCAGCGUCUCCGUCCUGCUGCUCUGCUGCGUCUUCCUCCUGGGCACCCAGCCCCUGGUGUGGGUGAGCCUCCUGGGCUUCUUCCUGCGGCCGGCGCCGCCGGCGCUGCAGGCCGCCAGCUGGCUGCUGCUCUGCUCCCUCUCGGCCCUCAACCCCCUGCUCUACACGUGGCGCAGCGAGGAGUUCCGCCGGGCGGCCCGCUCCGUCCUGCCCCGCGGCGAGGGCCCCGCCGCCGCCCCGCGCCCCGCCGCUGACGCCGGCCCCGCCGCCGCCGCCCCGCCCUGCCCGCAGCUGCCGCGGCGCCGGGGGACGGCGGGCAGCGCCAGCGCCGCCGCCGCGCCGCGCUGAGGGGCCGCGGGGGAGGGCGAGGGCCCCCGGGCGGCCCGCGGCCCCCCGCCCCGCCGCCUGGCGGCGCCCGCGGGCCCGUCCCGCGCCGGGCGGGAACAGCCGCGUCCCCUCAGGCCCCUCCCCGCCGGCGGUCACCUCACGUCGGGGAGCCGAGCCGAGCCGCCCGCCCCCUCCCUCGCGAGGCCCGGUCCCCUUGCUCCUGCCGCCCCGGCCCCCUCCCUGGUGGCGCUCCUUCCUGUACACAUUCUCCUGUUGCUCCUUUCUGACGCCGCGCGCUUCUUCUCCGCUCCCUCUUUCACCGCGCUGACGGGCAGCCCGAGGCUCCGGCUGCUUUUCCGGGGCAGCGGGCCGGGCGCUAGGGUGGGGGGCUCGUGCCCGCCCGCAGCGCGGCCCUCGUCGCCCCCUCAGCUCCGCUCCGGCUCACGGCAGCUGCCCGCCCCCGGGUGUCGGCCAGGACUCAGCCAAAAGCGGUGGAUUUAGAAAUCUGGGAUAACUGGUAAAUAUGGCAACUUGCUGAUGUUAUUGUGGUGAUGAUACUUAGCGCUCUGUUUGCCUUUUGGCACAAAAGGCUGGAAGAAGGUAGUUCUUUUCUGAAUCCAUGGGCAUCCGUGAGCAGUAUCACCUAAAUUGUGCUAUCUUGAGAAGAAGAACGGACACAUGGGAACAUAGGAAAUUUCUUCACAAGAGUUUGUUGCAUUGGGUGACAGAUGCUAAUACAAGCUUGGCAGCUCUCAUGAGGAUGUUUGAAUGAUGGGACAAUAACAAGGAAGAGACAAGCGUGAUGGGUAUAACAUAAAAGGCCCUAUGGCCAUAUUUUAUAAUGCUCCACACUUUGCUUGCCUUACCUGAUGGGGUUUGAGUUUCAACAGAAAUUGCUUUAAAAGGAAGGGAAGAAUUUCACUAUUUCCCAAGUCUAAGACCUGUUAGGCAUCAGUGAUACAAUGAUGUAUCUAAAAUACCCAUACCAAUAUUUUAUUUUUCUAAAUAAAAAAAUUCACCAUCAUCACAGAAAAGAUUCUUCUUGAGGUCAGGAUUUGACAAAGACAAGGAACCAAGGCCUUAAAAGGAAAAAAAAAUUAUCUUCACAUCCUGAAAAUGUAUCAACAUGAAAACAGCUUUAGCCACUUGCAAGGACCUGUGGAUAAGUAAGAGAAGUCUCCUAGAGUCUGAGGCUUACAGAGAGCUUCUUCCUCUGUCUUGGAGACAGUGUGAGAGACCGAGUGUGCCACUGAGUGACAGCAUCAGAAAGAUGGGGAGGGCUAGCAAGGAAACAUGAACAUACAAGAUAUGCAAGAUUUAUUUCUAUCAACACUGUGCACAUAUCUUGGAGAGCAGAGGAGCCACUAUAUCCUUGUUGUAAUCUCUGAUCCUCAUCACAGCAACUGCGCUUUUGCUAGAAUUUUGCAGCAAAUGGAGAAGGAAAACUUCCAACCACACCUAUACCAAUUCCGGAAAAUACUCUGGAUCACUGCCAAAAUAAAGCUAAACCAAGGGCCAUCCAGGGAUAAGGCCCUGUUCUACUAUAAAGUAAUCCUUAGGCUGGAACCCACAAAAGGAUGCACAUCACCACUUCCCACCAUGGCUAAAGGAACUGAAGACACUUGGUAAAGCUCAGUGCUGGGCCCAUAAGCAAAAGAACAAACUUUAAAACAAAAAAUUAGACAACAUGUCCGCCCUGCCCCCCAUUUUUGGCUGUGGAACAUGUUAGUCUGGAAUUAAAGCAAUAACCUGUUUCAGAAUUCAAUGUCCAAACAUCAGAUAACUGGAACUUCUGGGCUUCUUCCCUUGUAAAGUAGCAUGCAAGUUAAAUCUGAAAUGCCUGUAUUUUAUAUAGACUACAUUUUAGAUGCAAACAUGUAUAAAAAAAUGCUAUCAUGUACAAAACUGCAGUCAGCUAUCCUUAUGCUAUGCACUAGUUCCAGAGAACAGCUGGAAAUCCCUUGGAAAGUUUGAUGUAAUUACAUCUGACUGUAAAUCUUUGACUGUUUUAAUAUACUCAGGUGACCUAAAUAGCAUUACGCAGAAAAGAAUUUUAAUUUAAAGUAAUUAAGAAAGAGUAAUUGUCUCAACUUAAGAUCAGUUUCGCUGAGAAAUUACUGUUCAGAAAAGUCCUGUAUGCCUUGUUCUACAGCCAUAUUCUUUGUAUUUCCACAUUGUAAAUACUCCAUGGAAAAUUGCAAUGGAAGCUCGGCUUAGCUCAACUUCUGGCUCUGUGGUACUGCUUCUUGGUUGAGAAAAUUGAUCUGACUCUCAGUUUUUGGCAUCUAUGCUUUACUUUUACAGCUGAUUCAAAUAUGUCCACUGCUAGUUUAAUGGCGACUUUUCUUCGAUAUGAAUUUCUGUCAUGCUCAAACAACUAAUUUAGAGGUGCAAGGGAUAUAUGUUGCCAAUUGUCCUUUAAAAUGUCUCAGCCAAACAAUCUUUCAAGAGGUGUAAAUCAAGAUGAUGGGAAAUCCUGUCAGCAAUUUAAGCAAGGUUUGCUUGAAUUGCAUUGCUGCUUUGCUCUGGUGUUGUGCCAAGCAAGUUGUCUGAGCAUAGCCUAAAGCUGCCCUUCCUAGAAUGGCUGGUCAGCUGCGUUCACAUAUAUUAGAUGAGGCGUGUGAUCUCAUUAAAGCACUGGAUUUAUUAUACAGUUGUGCAGAUCAGCCACAUUGUUCAUGUGCAAUAGGUGCCUAUUCCUUUGCUAUUUUCUCAGGGCUUCUGGAAACAAGAGCAGCUAGGAGUUAGUAAUAGGCUGGACAAAUUGUGGCCAGUGGUACUGAUGUGGCUUGAAAACAGCCAUUUGGUGUAUUAUGGCCUAAGUAAAUCUGCCACUCAGUUUAUGUUUGUCCAUGCAGAAAUACAUGUGGGACCUGCUUUUUGAAAGUAAAAUUGUGAUAUGGUUAUUUGUGAAAAUUGCUUGCAGAGGGUGUUAGUGAAGUUACAGUUUUGAUUAAAUCUUUUGAAGUUACCCUUAAUUUAAGAUAGUUGUAAAAAGCCAUAGAGCUGCUUUGUGGAAUCAGGUAGCUACAAUAAUAUGAGCCUCCACCAAAACUGGACAAUCAUUGCCCUAAACAAAAGUGCGUAAAAAAGUACAGGCAGCAAAGUGAAAGUAGGAAGGUGCAACAAGAGGAGAUAAAGAUAGCAUGACAGGAGCGCUAACAGUGUGGUCCUGAGAAACAAGACAGAGAAAAAUCUGAAAGCCAAGAGAGGCCUGGGAUUAUGAUGAAAUAAACCAUCUCAAAUUAUUUGAUUCUUUAUAUAUGUGAGGAAACAUAAUUCUAUGCUUUUCUUAAUAAAUAAAAACAUGUAA